AGUAACCUUUUAGUCGUGACACCCUUUUGGAGACCCGUUCAAGAUGGAAAUGGAAUUUGAUUUUGCCACGCCGCCGCCCGAGGAGCGCAUCAUACGGACGCACAGUCUGAACCAGGAGCAGGAGGCCGAUUUGACGCUGGCGUUCUCCCUGUUCGAUACCAAUAACACAGGGAUUAUACCCAUGAAGCAGCUGAAGGACAUAAUGCAUGCAGUGGCCCACAAUCCACCUGAGCAUGAGCUGCAGGACUACUACAAUGAAUACGAUCCCGAUGGUACGGAUGAGCUGUACCUGAGCGACUUUCUGCACAUCAUGUCCGUGCGCUACGAGGGCCAGACGCCGGAGGAUGAGGUAAUACUGGCAUUCAAGGUCUUCGACAGAGAGGAUAACGGCUGGAUACACGAGAACGAGUUCAAGCACAUCAUGAGCGCAUAUGGCGAUGAGAUGGAUGAGGACGAUCUGGACCAGAUUGUGUUGGAUGCCAAUUCGAAUACCGAGGGCAACAUCAUUUACAGGGAUUUCGUCACCAUGAUGAGCGAACGUUAGAGCUGAGCAGGCGGUGCGAAGCAGC